UGUAUCUUUUCAAAAUGAUUCCAAACUCUACUCCGCUUCUCUUGUGCAUCCUGAGCUUUUCCGCUGGACUCUCCGCGCUACUCUUCCAUCCGGAUGACAAUGUGGAGCUGCUGGAUGCUGCAUCAUUUGAAUCCGCGCUUAGUGAACCAACGUCUGGCAAGCUGGUGCAGUUCUUUAACGGAUUCUGCGAGGACAGCCAGAACUUUGUACCAGCAUUUAGGAAUCUUUCGCGCAAACUCUACAAGUGGCGACGAGUGCUGAAAGUCCAUGUGCUAGAUUGUGGAAAGGACGAAAACGAGCGGAUUUGUAGCAGUUUCAGCAUUCGCAAAACGCCCACACUACGUUAUUUUCCACCGAGUUAUAGGCGAGUGCCCGACGAUCUGGGCACCGAGAUCACUGACCGAAAUCCCAAGGAAAUAGAGUCGAAGCUGGCGCUAAGUCUUCAAAAAUUGAACUACUUUAAAAUGUUUAGGCGGCAGGACAAUGUGACGCAUAUAUUUCAAAGCCAGCAGCACGUGGAGUACAUUGCAUUCGUCUAUCAAAUGUGCCUGAGCCACUUUCUUCCACACCUGGAAACGGGCAACUCCAUGGAGGAAAAGUAUGCCUCUCAGGACGACUGCAAUGCGGACAAUCCAAUAGUUUCGGUGAUUGGAAGGAACACCCUUCUCGAGCUGCUGCCCUAUAAGGAAGUCAUUGUGCGGAUCUUCGAUAACCAUGAUAUUUACAACACAUUCGGCAUAUCGCCAGUGCCCAAUUUGGUGGUUCUGGUAAACAGAGCUGGGAAACUGCUAUUUCUCACACCCGAGAUGGAUAACAGCAGGGCUUAUGUGGCUGCCAUCAAGCAAUUCUUGGUCUUCGUCGACCGUAAGCCCCAGAAACCGCUGCCCAAAACCACACCUGCCAACAUAAGUGAAGUCUUAAGGCUCGAGAUAUUCCAGCAGCUCGCGCAACAUCCAUCUCGGGUCUAUCGAGCCGAUCUGGAACGGGCUAUCAAUCAAAUCCUCAACGUGGAGCUCCCCAGAAGCCCGCACUUUGUGGGCACAAAACUAGUUGUUUUGCGGAAUUUUGUGCGGCUGAUACAGAACUCCAGUCCCUUGAAACCAGAGGCUCGGGAAAAGCUGACCGGACUGUAUUAUGCCCUGCGAGUGAAAAAGCAACUUUCUGGAGUUGGAUUCAAGGACUUGCUGCUGAAGUCGAUGAAAAACUACGUGUUUGAUGGAAGGCAGUACGUUGGCUGCAUUGCAUCUCGUCCUUCCUUGCGCGGCUUCAGCUGCUCCCUGUGGAUGCUGUUCCACUAUCUCAGCGUGGAGUCGGAAAAGCUAAAGCCCAGAUCCGUGCUGCUGGUAUUUCUCGGAUAUGUCCGGUUCUUCAUGAACUGCAGGGAGUGCAAUAUGAAGAUAAGCGAGUUCAAAAAGCUGCGACCAAUGGCACAAGUGACCAGUAACGACGAACAGAUAUUGUGGCUCUGGGAAGCCCACAAUCAUGUCAACAAGCAGCUGGCCGGCGACUCCACAGAGGAUCCGAAGUUCCCAAAGAUUCAGUUUCCAAGCGCAAAAGACUGCCCCCACUGCCGGCACAACCAGUCCGCGUGGCGCACCGAUGAAGUGCUGAAGUAUCUGAAGGCCAUGUAUACCCUGGGAAAUCUUAGUUGGUUCGGAAUGUCAUCCGCAAAGUCGUACACCGCAAUAAAGCGAUAGUACGCUUACGAUUUCCCUUCCAACUACAAACUUACGCAGUAAUUGUUAAGACUAAAGCGAAUUACAUAUAUUUUAAAAUGGCAAAUAAAUGCUUAUAUCUGGUUUUAUAGCUCGUAGCCCCCCCUUGGGUUUGCAUAACGUUGGCUUUCGAUUGCGUGCGCGGAUUUC